UUCACAGACCUGUCGUUGGCCUUCCCCCCUCCUGAUAAGCCUGUACGGAGACCAAGAAGCACCUGUGUUUUACCUGUGGAAGAAAUCAGCCCACUGCUUAUUGAGUCCCACAAAAAUCUGAACCAGCCAACAGGGUCUCCCUGGGUCCGGAGGAAGCCCCCUGUGCCUGGAGAUCCUGCAGCCCAGCCCAUGCCGGUGGAAACACUGGGUUUUCGGGAGCCCAGAGAAUCAGCACAUCCCUUAAGCAAUGGUGCUGUUGGUGUGGAUACAAUCAAAGAUCCUCAUUUGGCUUUUGGGGAGCAGGCAUGCGCUCCUAAGGACUCCCGAUCCGUCCCAGAUUUAAUCAACUAUUUUCUGUCCCCAGAGAGGUUGACAGCAGAGAAUCAAUACCACUGCGAG